GCCAGGGCGCAGGAAGGAGGGGCGGGGCCCGAGGCGCGAGGCCGGCCGGGCGGCGGUCCCCUGCGGCGCUGCAGGGCCGAGCCCGGCCGGGGCACCUCUCGCCGCGCUCUGGGGGCUCCUUCCCGUGGAGCCCCAGCCUGGCCUGUGAGCCCGCCGACGCCCGGCGGGAGAGCCCGAGCUUCCCCGCUUGGCCCCGAGUCUCCUCGGCCAUGCACAGCUCUCGGGGCGGUGCGCGCGCGCUCUGCACCCCCACCCCCAGACCUCUGGGGGGCCAGGUGCCCGAAGGCUGCGUGGCGGGCGCGCGUCCUCGGCAGGACCUGUGGAGGGCCCCAGCCCGCGGGUCCGGCCUCUCGGCCGUGGACUCUGCACGUUGGCACCGCGCGCUCAGUCUAAAUGUUCUAUUGCAAACUUUGUUUCAGGCUUACGCCAAAUUUUCUGGCGCACCCUUGAAAGUCAGUGUCGUAGAUAACACCUGGAGAGGUUCGAGAGGGGAUGUUCCAAUUUUGACGACUGAAGACCACAUUGUUUCUCAGCCUGCAAAAAUAUUAAACUUUUUAAGGAAACAGAAAUAUAAUGCUGAUUAUGAACUCUCAGCAAAGCAGGGGGCAGAUACACUGGCUUAUAUUGCUCUCCUCGAAGAGAAGCUUCUUCCUGCAGUGCUUCACACAUUCUGGGUUGAGAGUGACAAUUACUUUACUGUGACAAAGCCAUGGUUUGCUUCACGAAUUCCUUUUCCCUUGAGUUUGAUCCUGCCUGGAAGGAUGUCUAAGGGAGCACUGAAUAGAAUUAUCCUGACCAGAGGAGAGCCUCCCCUCUACCACCUCCGAGAAGUGGAAGCUCAGAUAUACAGAGAUGCCAAGGAGUGCCUAAAUCUUCUAUCAAACAGAUUGGGAACAUCUCAGUUUUUCUUUGGAGAUUCGCCAUCUACCUUGGAUGCCUAUGUGUUUGGUUUCCUUGCACCUCUUUAUAAAGUACGCUUUCCUAAAGUUCAGUUACAAGAACAUUUGAAACAGCUGUCCAACCUGUGCCGUUUUUGUGACGACAUCCUAAACACUUAUUUUAGGCUUAGUGUUGGAGAUGGAUGACAAUCUUCGCCAAAGCCCUCAGCUUCCUCCUCGGAAACUGCCGACACUUAAAUUGACUCCAGCAGAAGAAGAAAGUAAUUCCUUACAACGACUAUCACCGUGACAGUCAUCAUGCUUUGUGUCCACAGUCCUUGAUUGUUGCUGUAAUAUCUUACACUACAUGUGUGAGAGCAAAAAGAAAAUACCACUAGUAGGUAUACAGAAGGCUCUAAAAAGAAACUUUCUAUGACAUCUAGUUUCUCUUAAUUAGGAAGCUUGUAUUUUAGCUUGGCAAUGCACUUUAGAUAACAUCAAAGUGAAUACUAAAUGAACUUGGGGAAAAAAGAAAACAUACUGUACUGUACAUUUAAAAAAAAAAACAAAAACCCUGCCUUAAUCUUGGCAGAUUUUUGCCUUUAGUUCACGCUGCUGACCAAAAGCUACGAUUCUGUUCUGAAUGUGCACUCCUAUUUAUUCCAAUUAAUUUAUUUAGUUUUCAUAGAACAGUUUGAAUGUCUAAUAUGUGGCUGUUUGAGGCUUUUUUCUUCUGUUUAGAAAUUUGAUGCCUAUUUUAGACAUUAGGAAAAAUGUAAUAUUCUCAUAUUCUGUUUACUUCAGUAGAAAAGCCUGUAUUUAAAAAGCAAUGGGGAAUGUGCUUUUUAAUUAUGCUCUCAGAAGUGUAAUCUUUUGGGUGAUUAGUACCA